UUUUUCCAAAAAAAAAAAAAACUAUGCUUCGUUCAUUAAUUCGCUCGAUUAGCCACCAACAAUUAGUAGUACGACCACAAGUUGCAGUGCGACGAGGACUUGUCGUAGCACGUCAGCAGCCUCGUUGUUUCCAAGUACGACGUGCUUUGCAACCUACUGUUCAAGGACGUUGGUAUUCGAGUCCAGCACAGCAAUGUUGGCAAUGUGGCGCACCCACAAAGUCAACGUCCGUCUUGUGUGAAAAUGCCGAUUGUAAAGCGAUCCAACCCGUUCAAGCUCAAGUUAAUUAUUUCGAUUUGCUGUUGGAUGGAAAAGAACAUACGUUUGACGUGGAUACCAAAGCUAUGAGGUUCAAGUUUUUGACAUUACAGCAAAAGGCACAUCCGGAUAGUUUUUCACAAUCAUCCAAGCAAGAACAUGCGUAUGCACAAUUACAAUCAUCAAUGCUCAACAAGGCAUAUGGUACACUCAAGGAUCCAUUGGCACGAGCACGAUACAUGUUGGAACUGGAAGGGGUGGAAGUUUCAGAGACGGAAUCCUUGCAUGACCCUGAAUUACUGAUGGAGGUGAUGGAGCUCCGUGAAGAGUUGGAUGAAGUGUCCACUGAAGAAGAGCUGGCUCAAGUCAAGCAGACAAACGAUGCAAAGUACCAAGAAACAGUGCAAAACCUGUCCAAGGCAUUUGAAAAGAAGGAUUUGGACCAUGCCAAGGAGCUGAUGGUGCAACUGCAGUAUUGGGAAACGAUUCGACGCGCCAUUGUUGAAUGGUCGCCACAGUGAUUUCAAACCACACACAUUUUAGAAAAUUAUUGUAAUUUUAGAAUAAAAUAGAAUAUGAAUAAAACAUCUCGUAGAUCGCAAC